AUGGCACCAGAACCAACAGUUAAUAUGCAAAGACGCAUUAUGCGUGAUAUCACGGACAUAUCUAAGAUGGAAAGUGAUUACAUACUGAUUGAUGGAGACCACCUAAACUACAUUAAGGUUGUGAUCACGGGGCCACCAUCCAGCCCAUUCGAAGGGGGCAUCUUUGAGGUAACACUCGAUUUGCAUAAAUUCCCAGCGAAACCACCAAAGGUUGUCUUUGAAACUCCGGUAUUCCAUCCAAAUAUUUGUCCUUAUGAAGGCAAAGUCUGCAUGAACAUUUUGAAUCCCACUGAAUGGGCUCCUGCAACCAGACUGGUGCAGAUCCUUGAGGCGGCAAGGUCGCUCCUUGACCAGCCUAACGCUGCCUCGCCCCUGAAUGGGUCUGCCGCAUGCAUGCUCAGGAUGAAUCAAAACAUGUAUGUGGACACCAUUCGAGCUUGGACCCAUGUGUUUGCAGGAGGUGAUGGGAGCAGAGUUCCACAACACAUGUUGGACCUUAUGAACCAAGCCACUGAGAGACUGCAUAUUACAAAAGCUAAGGCACUUCGACUCUUGACUAGACAUGAAUGGAUUCCUAAUCGUUUGACCCGCCGUUCAUCGGAAGAUGAAUCUGACUAAUUUUGUUGUCUUUUGUUUGGGUCUGAUGCGGAUGUUGGUUUGUUUGUACAAUGGCAUUCUAUAUCUUAAAAAACAAUUAUGUUGUCUGAUAUUGGCUUGUGGAUGUUGGUUUGUACAAUGGUAUUCUGUAUCUAAAAACAAUACUUUCAUUUCUUGUCUGAUGUUGGCUUGUACAAUGGUAUUCUGUAUCUAAAAAACAAUACUUUAAUUUCUUGUCUGAUAUUGGUUUGUGGAUGUUGGUUCGUACGAUGGUAUUAUGUAUCUAAUGAAAAAAUACUUAAAUUUCUUGCAAUACAGCCAAUCAUUUUGUAGCAUUAAUUCUUUGUGCUAUA